CGUCGACUCAGACUUGUCGAGCGGGUUCGUCGGUGUGAGUGCUUGUGCUGUGUGUAGGUAAAGUAUGUAUGCUGAUUAAUAGGCGAUGUCUCUGUCUUACCUUACCUGCCGGCUUUAGCCUGCCCACUGCCCCAUGCACACAUUGCCGUCGUCCCGUCUCACAAGCCCCACUGAAUGCGAGGUCGGCACGUCGCGGCGAAUAAGCAUGCACGUGCCUCCCUUGUCCUCCACCACUGCCAAGCCGCGCAGCCCGAUCCCAGAGCCCCGGGAAACUGGAAUUGAAAUGUCAGAGGAUGACCUUGUUGUGAAUGGGGUGUGGCUCGCUUGGCCUGAUGAGUGGAACGCGGUCGCCCACUUUUACCACCCGUCAUCCUUGUCGUCCAUUGUCAAAGUCAGAUCUCGAAAGUGGGAGGAGACUCGAAUCCGUGAAUGCGGAGGGGGCUUUGGGCAGAUGAUCAUGGAUUUUGGUGUCUGUCUCGUACUGGUAGACUUGCCACCCGAUCUUAAGAAUGGGGAGGGAAGGAGGGGAGUUAUACGCUCUAUGAUUCCUCGGCGCUGGGCUGGUGACCCGCUUCGGUUUUUGUUGAAUCAGAAAAGUGCAGUCUGAUGUGAGACCGUCCAAGAAGAUUCACACACCCUCAAGAUGGGAAGAAGGGGCGGCUCUGCUGCCGGGUUCUUCUCGAGACAAGCCAGGGGCUGCUGCCAAGCACCGAGCCAAUUGAAACCCAUCUAUCGCGCGCGCGAAAACCUCCCGAUUUGUCGUUGUCUUGCUCCACAAUACGCGAUGAUGGUGUGGACCUCUCUCUAGGAGAGGCAGAAAGUCGGUC